AUGGACGCCUGUCGCCUGGUCCUCGCCCUCGGCCUCCUCGCGGCCGCCGCCGCGCCGCUGGCCUCCGCCGAUCUCGCCCCCGACUUCUACAAGGAGUCCUGCCCGGACGCCGAGAAGAUCGUCGCCGCCGUCAUCGAGAAGAAAAUGAAGGACGACCCCGGCACCGCCGCCGGCCUCCUCCGCCUCCUCUUCCACGACUGCUUCGCCAAUGGGUGCGACGCGUCCAUCCUCAUCGACCCGCUGUCCAACCAAAGCUCCGAGAAGGAGGCCGGGCCCAACAUCUCGGUGCGCGGCUACGAGAUCAUCGACGAGGCCAAGAAGGAGCUGGAGGCCAAGUGCCCCAACACGGUGUCCUGCGCCGACAUCAUCUCCCUCGCCACCCGCGACUCCGUGAAACUCUCCGGCGGCCCGGACUACGCGGUCCCCACGGGCCGCCGCGACUCGCUCGUCUCCAACCGCGAGGAUUCCGACGACAACCUGCCCGGCCCGGACAUCCCCGUGCCCCAGGUCACAGCCGACUUCGUGAAGGCCGGCUUCACCGCCGAGGAGAUGGUGCUGCUGCUCGCCGGCGGCCACAGCAUCGGCAAGGUCAGGUGCAUCUUCAUCGAGCCCGACGCCUCGCCCAUGGAGCCGGGCUAUCGCGCCAGCAUCAGCAAGCUCUGCGACGGGCCCAACCGGGAACCGGGCUUCGUCAACAUGGACCAGUCCAACCCCAACACCAUUGACAACUCCUUCUUCGCCAACGCCAUCGCCGAGAAGAUGCCGCUCACCAUCGACCGCCUCCUCGCCAUCGACGAGAAGACGGGGCCCAUACUCAAGGACAUGCUCAACAAGCCCAAAGAGGACUUCGCGUCGGCAUUCGGCAAGGCCAUGGAGAAGCUCACCGUGCUCAAGGCCAUCACCGGCAAGGACGGCGAGGUCAGGAAGGCAUGCAACGAGUUCAACAACCCCAUGUCCAGCGACGGCCCCUCGGUCAUACGGAUCAGCUCCGUCGACCCUGAGGACCUGGACGGCUUGGCGGCCGGCAACAAGCAGGAGCAGGUGUCAAGCAUCGUCUCGCAGGGGCACGAGGACGGACAGCCGGAUGCCGCCGCCGGCAACGCGGACGCUAAGGCCGAGAAGCCCCACAAGAAGGCGUCCGGCAAGCACAAGCUCCGCAGCGACUAG